AGCCUCUGCCUCUGCCUGCCUCCACCGGGUUCCGAUCCCCUCUCCUCGCUCUGAAACCCGAACUUCCAACAGAGAUCGCCCCUGCCUCUCCUCCUCCUCCACCACCACCACCCUUUUGUCAACUUGUUAAACUGGCACACGACUUCGGCUUUUUGGAGGGGAGAGGCCACACAAACACACACACAGACGGCUUACUGGAGAGGCGGGGCCGCCGCUUUUUGGGCUCCUCCCCAUUGGAGCGCACAAAGCCGGGCGGCACCAUUUAACACUACCGCCUCCACCUCCACCUCCACCACCACCACCACGCGCACCGUCACGCACACCAAGCGCCGGGGAGUCGACACGCAGGAACCACACUGGACUUCGCCUUCCCCGGCCCGCUGCUCCCCCCGCUGCAUCCAGAUCGGACCCGGACCAGUAAGUUCGCCGGCAAUUCCGUCUGGCCACCUGCUGCCUGCCUUCUUGCCUGUUUUCCUUUGCCGCUUUCGGCUCCGGCGGGAGGAUCGGGGCCUGGCUUCACCUCCCUUUCCGAGCGCUUCCUUUGUGCGCUUCUCUUGUAGGGAAAGACGCACGUUUUCUGGAUAAGAUUUUGGGGUACAAGCCAGGUCUGUUCCCUGACGGCGCUCUGCAUGCAUGCCCGCCCGCCCGCCUGCCUGCCUCACUGUGUGUUGAUUGGUCAGGCCGGGCUUUACGUAAUCAUUUCUACAGAGAUUGUUACCAGGAGUCCACACUUGGAAGAAUUAGUGGAGCAGUAGGCGAUAAACUUGCCCAGGGUGUGUCCAAAUGCAGUAAAACUUGAAACAAGAAGCUCUGAUCUGCUGCCGGCAUUCUGAAGUUGCUCUGGAGCUAGCAGUGCAUCCUUCCACGCUGGAAGUACCAGAUUCUGUUCUAGAAGAGUUGCUGGGCAUAGAGAUGGCAGACGAUCCUAAUCAAAACUUCGGGCCGUUUUCGCAGCCGUUCUGCAGCCAGAAUGUGGUUUCAUUUCAAACGAGCGCGACGCCUAGCGGGUCGGGAGGCAGCAUGCCGGUGUACCUAGACUGCUCCAGCAGCAUGGGGUCUAACAUGGGGAUGAUGAACACCACGCCUUCAGUAGCUGUCUCCACAAGUUCAUCCAACAUGGUUGCUGAAUCUGCACAGAACCUCAAAUAUGGAGGACCCCUAGCUGAAAGCUGGUCGCAUCUCGAGAUCCAAGUGCUGAAAGAUUGCCUAGAUAGAUAUGUGAAUGAACAUGGUAUCAUGAAGUACAUAAAGAUAGCCGCUUCCCUACCAACCAAGACGGUGAGGGAUGUUGCGAUGAGAUGCCAAUGGAUGGGGAACAAACAAACUACAAGACGGCGGAGGCCUGCAGAACAUCAUAGCAGAAAAAUGAAAGAUAGAAAGGAUAAAAUGGUGGGGCCUUCAUCCUGGGGUACCACUCAUCCUGUUCAGACGGAUACAGGAGUCUCUUCCUUUGUGCCGCAUCAUGCCAUUCAAAACAGUCAAUAUCUAUCUGGAGCCUCGGAGAUGGAUCGUAUAGUACAGCUUGUACUGGAAGAAAAUAAUCGUCUUCUUACUCAGAUAGACACAAAUAUUCAAACAUUUCAGGCUCAAAAUAACACCGAUCUCUUCAAUCGCGUGAGAAGGAACAUUGAUGGCCUUUUGAAAAUCAUGAGCCAAAUGCCUGGAAAAAUGAGCGAGAUGCCUCAGUUGGGAGUUGCGGUGAAUGAAAACCUUGCUAGUUACUUGCUCCCAGAUCUUACAAUGGCACAAGUUCUUGGAAAUAGCCAUUUGAAGGAGGAGCCAAGAGGAUGGUGAGUCACAGCCAAAGCAGGUCACAGAUGAGGCAGAUACUGAAACUUCAUCGGUAGUUCGGCGAAUUAUAGGAAGAUAAAUAGUGCUCCAGCAUGUAUGCCAGAUGGCGACGAAUAGAGUCACCAAGGAACCUUGUUUCCUCUAUCUGGAAGCAAAGGAGAGGUGAGUGGUGACUGAGGAACCACUCUGCAUUGCAUUGCGACAAGCCUGUAUAUUGGUGGCUGAACAUUGGUCGAGCAGUGAUGGUUUCAGGAAAUUGCAGUUUUUCUCGUCCUGCUGCACCUGUAGAGUAAAUACUAGUAGAAGAUGUAGCAACAACAAGAAGCUAAUAAGA